GCCAUCUCCUGGGAGAUGCUGCUGCUCUGGGGACGACGCUUGGAGAACCACUGUUGCAGAAGAUGGAAAAAGAAAGCUCGGGUUAUGUAUGAUUUUGCUGCUGAGCCUGGAAAUAAUGAACUGACAGUUAAUGAAGGAGAAAUCAUCAUCAUUACAAAUCUGGAUGUUGGUGGAGGAUGGUUGGAAGGAAGAAACAACAAAGGAGAACGAGGCCUUGUUCCCACAGACUAUGUUGAAAUCUUGCCCAAUGAUGGAAAAGAUCAGUUUUCUUGUGGAAAUUCAGUGGCCGACCAAGCCUUCCUCGAUUCCCUCUCAGCGAGUACAGCUCAAGCCAAUUCAUCAGCUGCCAACAGUAGUAACCAGGUCAGCAGUGGCAAUGACCCCUGGUCAGCCUGGAAUGCUUCCAAAUCUGGAAACUGGAACAGCACGGAUGGCUGGGGAGCCAAGCCAGAGGGGGCUGCAGCCCAGAAAAGCACUUCCAAUAACUGGGACAGUGCCUUUGGUCAUCCCCAGGCCUACCAAGGACCAGCAGCUGGUGAUGACGACGACUGGGAUGAAGACUGGGAUGACCCCAAGUCGUCGUCUCCCUACUUCAAGGAUUCGGAGUCGUCGGCGGAAGCAGGGGGCGCUCAGCGGGGGGGCAGCCGUCCUGGCGCCUCUUCUAUGAAGCUGCCACUUAACAAGUUUCCUGGAUUCGCAAAACCUGGAAUGGAACAGUAUUUGUUGGCCAAGCAACUAGCAAAACCCAAAGAGAAAAUUCCUAUCAUUGUCGGAGAUUACGGCCCAAUGUGGGUUUAUCCCACCUCCACGUUCGACUGCGUGGUAGCAGAUCCCAGGAAGGGCUCCAAAAUGUAUGGUCUGAAGAGCUACAUCGAGUACCAAUUAACGCCUACUAACACUAACCGAUCUGUAAACCACAGGUAUAAGCACUUUGACUGGCUAUAUGAGCGUCUCCUGGUCAAGUUUGGGUCAGCCAUUCCAAUCCCUUCUCUUCCAGAUAAGCAAGUCACAGGUCGCUUUGAAGAAGAAUUUAUCAAAAUGCGCAUGGAGAGACUGCAGGCCUGGAUGACCAGGAUGUGUCGCCAUCCAGUAAUCUCAGAAAGUGAAGUUUUCCAGCAAUUUCUAAAUUUCCGAGAUGAAAAGGAGUGGAAAACUGGGAAGAGGAAGGCUGAGAAAGACGAGCUGGUGGGAGUUAUGAUAUUUUCCACCAUGGAACCAGAGGCCCCUGACUUAGACUUGCUAGAAAUAGAACAGAAGUGUGAUGCUGUGGGUAAGUUCACCAAAGCCAUGGACGAUGGCGUGAAGGAGCUGCUGACCGUGGGCCAGGAGCACUGGAAGCGGUGCACAGGACCAUUACCCAAGGAAUAUCAGAAGAUAGGAAAGGCGCUGCAGAGUUUAGCGACGGUGUUUAGUUCCAGUGGUUAUCAAGGCGAAACAGAUCUCAAUGACGCAAUAACGGAAGCAGGGAAGACUUACGAAGAAAUUGCCAGUCUUGUCGCAGAACAGCCGAAGAAGGAUCUGCAUUUCCUGAUGGAGUGUAAUCACGAAUACAAAGGUUUCCUUGGCUGCUUCCCAGAUAUUAUUGGCACUCACAAGGGAGCCAUAGAAAAAGUGAAAGAAAGCGAUAAACUGGUUGCCACUAGUAAAAUCACCCCGCAGGACAAGCAGAACAUGGUGAAACGCGUGGGCACCAUGUCGUACGCGCUACAAGCCGAGAUGAACCACUUUCACAGUAACCGGAUCUACGACUACAACAGCGUCAUCCGCCUGUACCUGGAGCAGCAGGUGCAUUUCUACGAGACGAUUGCAGAAAAGCUGAGGCAGGCCCUCGGCCGCUUCCCGGUCAUGUAGAACAGAAUGGAAUGUGAAGAAAACUCCGAAGUGCUUCUUUCUGACUUGGGGCAAUGCAAUUCAGUUUUUUCCCCUAUCUUCCAAAACAAAGAAAAACAGGAAAAAAAGAAAACCAAAAAGAAGUAGAGUUGCAAAAAACUGCCUUUACUUUAUUAACCAGCCUGAAUGCAUCCGUUAUCUGGGGAUGGUCUUCUUUUGUUCGUUUCCAUAUCCAUUAUUAACCAAUGGAAAUUCUCUAUUUUUGGAAAGUACUUAAAGUUAUCAGAAUUUUGAACAGAAAAUUAGGGGUUCCCCCCAGUGAUAUUUUACAUAAAAUUGUAAUUUGUAAGUUACCUGCAAUCUUCUUGUUCUUACCCCGUGUCAGAUAAUUACUAAUUGCUUUCUUAAAAAUAUGAAAUACGCCAGAAUAAAAAAUAUAUAUGUUUGUAUAUUUUUAUAACUUUUCUGUCCUUGGGGAUUCCUGUCUCUUCAGGAGAAUCCACAUGCCUUUCACUGACAUAUUUAUGACUCAAGUGCUUAUGUUUUCAGGAGAGGGAGCAGAGAGGCCUAGAGGACGCAGCUUGGCAAAAACCCAUGGGCAGAUUCUCCUGCCCUCGCUUUCCUUAGGAACGUCCUUGAAGCGUCGUCUUCCCCCAGGAGGGCUUUCUCUCUGGCACCUCCUUCCUGAGCAUGGGGAGGCGUUCUUGACACUAGGAAGAACAUCUGGAAACUCGGGAUGUUUUUGAAAUGCUCGGCCUGCUCCCGGGCCUGGAGCGGCGCCCUGACUCCUGUGCUCAGGAAGGAGCACUCAGGGGGCACACAGGCUCCUCCCGAGCGUUUAACCCCCUUGUCAGUCUUCAGCUGUUCAGUCAGGCAUAGUGAGAAGUGCCAGCGAGACACGAUGCGCCACUUGAUUUGGAUUGUACACUAGCAGGCCAGUUGGUAUUACCGGAAAAGAUGAAAAACACAGUUGAGUAAAAUGGAAAGUUUAGGCACUGAUAAGGGCUGCAGCCUGAAGAAUGCGCAGUAACCCCCAGAGCGUUCGUGUUUAAGGAAAGUGCAGAGGGCUCUUCUUCCAGCCUGUGUCCCAAACUUCAGACUGAAUUUUUCUCAUCGCUAGUACUUCAGCUAAUGGCAUAAAGCAAAGCAGACUCUGCAAACCGUCAGCUUUGAAUCUGAACACGUGCCGCCACGCCGACCUUGCUCCUGCAGACGCCGUCCACCCUCCACUGUGGCCUUACGACAGUCUCUCCAACUGCUCUCAUUUUUAUGACCUAGGAAUUAUAGAAAAUGGAAAAUUUGGGCCAGCAUAAAUAAACUGAAACCAAAAAAUUAGUAGAAGAGGAAAUCAAAUGAAGAUGAAUAUGAGAACUUCUUGUUCUUAAUAUCACGGGUUUUUGUUAAUGUUUUAUAAGUAAUUUUCCCUACUUGAUUUUUCUUUUAUAAAAUCUCAUAGAACAGUGUUUAUGAUACAGCCAUUUAAUAUAUGUACAAAUUGUAAAGAAUAUGUACAAAUGUUUUACACAAAUGUAAGAGCAUGUAGAAGCCGACAUAUAAAUAAAUUGUUAAAAACACUGUACAGUAAAUUCUCAAAGCACUUUUUCAAAACA